CAUCUUUCUGAUGACGUUUCACUGCCAGAGGUUGAUGGUGGCGGUGUCACUGGCCGAGAUGAGUCGGAACACUAUGAUGAGCCGAGUGUCAUUGUGCAGCUGUCAGGAAGAGUACAAGAUGGAACUCGGUGUCGUGCCGGAAGUCUUGAUAUGUGCAUCCAGGGCAAAUGUCAGCGAGUUGGCUGUGACCUAAAGAUUGGUUCAACGAAGAAGAUCGACGCGUGUGGAUUGUGUGGGGGUGAUGGGAAAUCAUGUUCACAACCAUUCUAUCAUUGAGAGACGGCACCGAUGUCACUGUGUUCAGUCACCUGUGGAGGGGGAUACAAGAUGUCCCGACCAACAUGCAGAAAUCGUGUUACUGGUGUCGAAGUAGAAGACUCCCUGUGCAGUGCAACUAAUCGGCCCGAGCCAUCUGUGGUACUUUGCAACACUCAUACCUGUCCGCCUAAAUGGGUAGCUGAUGAAUGGAGCCCGUGCAGUCGUCUUUGUGGACCUGGUUAUCGAGAACGAAUGGUUGUGUGUGCGGAGGAAACAAAUGGCAUUAAAACCAGGGUUCCAGACAUCGUAUGCCGAACAGCCAAACCGCCAACUCAAGAGUCUUGUAUGGUACAGGAGUGUCCCAAGUGGAAGGUCGAGGAAUGGUCUGGGUGUUCGGUAACUUGCGGACAUGGAAUCCAAAUGCGUGGCGUCGAAUGCAAGUCCGCGGAUGGUAGUUUAAGUGCGAAAUGCGAUCCACAAACAAAAUACUCUGAAAAGGUAUCAUACAACGAUCAACCAAUUUACGCCCAUCAACAAUCGAAUCGACUUCAUCAUAAAGAACUUCCUACAAGAGCUGAGUUGCUUAUUGGAGGUGGUGGUGGCGGAAGCAGUGAACCAGAACAUCCCUCAUCGGAUCCAACAUUCAUCAAGGACACUGAAUGGUCAGCAUGUAGCGUAACCUGCGGCGAAGGCAUUCGUCGUCGCCCCUACAAAUGCAAGAUCUUCCUCGAAUACAGCCGAACCAUUGCCACUGUCAAUGACAGCCUCUGUGAAGGCCCAAAACCACACGAUGAAGUCGAGCGAUGCGUCCAACAACCAUGCAUGCUACCCUCGCACAACUAUGACGAACAAUACCCUCAAGAUUCGAUAAAAGUUGGCGUAUCCAAACCCGGCAAAACAUAUGUUUGGCGUGAACAAGGCUACACUAGCUGCAGUGUCUACUGCCUUGGUGGUGUCGAGGAGCUUAUCAUUAAUUGCGUCCGAGAAGACAACGGAAGCGUCGUCUCACCCUUCCUCUGCUCGCCCGAAACAAAACCCGAAGUCCGAGUGCGAACAUGCAACGACCGUCUAUGUUCACCCCGAUGGAACUACUCCGACUACACACCCUGAUCCAAAUCGUGCGGCAUCGGCAUCAAGACCCGGGAAGUCCAAUGCAUUCACGAAGUGACACGGGGUGGCGAGAAUACAAUGGUCGUUCCGAAUAGUAUGUGUCCCCAGCCACCACCAGCAGACCGUCAGUAUUGCAAUGUCCUCGAUUGUCCGGUGCGAUGGGACGUGGGCGAAUGGUCCAAGUGUUCGCACACAUGCGGCUUUGGUAUAAAAGAACGCAAGGUCGAGUGCAAGCAAAUAAUGGCUCAGGAACACAAAAUUGAACGGCCAGAAUCGAUGUGUCCCAGUGCUAAGCCAGCCGAUAAGAAGCCAUGUCCCGAAGACCCCAAGCCCAUAAUAUCCAUCAACAAUAGCACACAUAUACAGCACGAUCCGAAGAAGAGUAAAAUCACAUUGAAAGUGGGCGGGGCGGGGGUAGUGUUUUUUGGGACACAAGUGAAAAUCAAGUGUCCAGUGAAAAGGUACAAUCGAACGAAAAUACGUUGGACAAAAGACCACAAACCUUUAGCCAAAUCGAGGAAGUUCAAAAUCUCGAAGAAAGGCUCCCUGCGGGUAUUGGAUAUUACAUUUGGGGAUGCCGGAGUGUAUUCGUGUCAUGCGGGACUGAGCGCUGCUGAAAUUAAUAUCGAUGUUAAAGCGAAGCCCGGAGCUUAGGCGAAAGAUUAUGAGAAACAUGAAUCAGACCGUCUGGUCUGGGAAAGAAGUGACACUGAACCUCUUACCUCUGCCGACAUGACAUCUGACGUUGGAAGACAAAAACAACAAGCCAAUGGCAGAGAAAGAAGCCGUAGACCAAAAUCCGAUCGAGUGCAGCAUGCUGAUAGUAGCAUAAUGGAAGAUGAGGUAAGUUUUGUUGUUGUCUCUAUUCUGUGCAUCUGCAUCAUAAAAGUUAUACACUGCUCAAAGAAAUUAAGGGGACAAAAGUUUUUUCAACAUCAUUUAUUAAUGGGAAAGGGUUUGCAAUUUGGUGUCGAUUUGGAACGAUUUGAAAAGAAUGAACAAGUUAAGCCACAGAUGAUUAUGAAAGAAUUUAGAAUUGACGACGAUGAUGAUGAUGAUGCAACUGUUGCUACUGAAACUGUUGAUGAUGACCGACACAGAGGACACAUGUUAAAAAAAACUACACAACGUAGAAACACGAACGAGAUCACGUUCAAAUGGGUAACCAGUAAUUGGUCAGAGUGUUCAGAACAUUGUGGUUCGGGAAGUGGAUUAAGGUGUGUUUUACAGUUUAAUGCUCCAUGUGGUCGUCAAGGCCUCAAAUACAGAUUAUUGAAGUGCGUGUUGUAUGGCACUCGACGACCGGCAGGAAAUGAGUGCAAACAACAACCGCGACCUGCGGUAAUGAAAGUGUGUAAAAGUCCUCAGUUUUCUACAAAGGGUAUGUAUGUUUUUGAUUGGGCUUUUAUCGUUUUUUUUUUGCGAUAUUCUGUUGGAUACCUACUGAUUUGUCAAAGAGAGUUUUGAUCCAAUUUAUUCAAUUCAAAGAGUAGAAUUAUAUCAAAAUGUAGGUUAGUUUUUUUCUGUGAAAUCAUUAGUCAUUUAGAGAGAAAGUGCGGUUUUUAAAUGGAGACAAUGUUUUUGACUGUGAGCUAUUCGAGUUUUGAGAGAUUCAAAAAUUCAUUUCACUUUUCAUGAGUCACAUCUAUAAUGAUUCACUUACGAAGAUAUCUGCGGACCAAAGUCUCAAAACAAGCUUUAUUUUACAAAUAUGAGUUUACAGUGAACAGAGCAAUGCAUUUGGUAAAAAAAAAUUAAAAAUUUAUUUUUUUCAAAUUUUGGAGAAAAAAUUUAAAAAAAAAUGCCGAAAAAAAUUCAUUCUAAAAAAUUCGCUCGAAAUUCACAUCAAUAGGAAGGUCUCAAAACAAGAAACAUUGCAUUCGGAAGCAGAUAUUUUUGGAUCAUGGUUUCGAAACAAGAUUUGGUUUGCAGGUAUGAGUUCACAAUGAGCAGGCCAACACAUUUGGGUGAAAAAAUUACAAAUCGAUUUUUUAAUAAUUUUCGAGAAAAAAUCAAGGUUAACCCCUUGCCUAAAAAAAUACAUUUGCAAAAAUUUCCUUCAAAUCCAUCGAAUGAGAUAUCAAAAGAAAGGUAUUUUUAAGCUCUAUUCAUGGAUGAAAACCAAAUCUCUCUUAGCGAUCUGGUUGAGUUAUUGUGAACCAAACAAUUUUUUCAAACAUGUACCUACAUUGUUUAAAUUAAAGUACUUAUACACCACAGUGACCAAUAUUUUUAUAUUUUUUUCCUUUAUUAUGGAAUAAUAGAAUAAAACAAAAACAAAACUCUUUUAAAGAGAAUCUUGGGAUAGAAAAAUGAAAUAAAUAUAACUUCAAAUUUUACUAAAAAGUAUUAUAAUUAAAAAAUAUCAAAAAUUAACAGUGAAAAAUUUUCUCUCUC